CUUUCGCUCCGCUUCUCUUUUACUCAGCCUCCCGUGCGUUUGGCCGCCGGUGUAGUUACACCCGACGUACGACGAGGGGCUCGAGACUCAUUCCUCUCAAGCGCGCCGCCGCCGCCUCCGGUCUGGCUCCGCUGAUUCUCCUCUGCUCUCUUUUGUCUUGGAGAGAAAGGGACGCGUUCAUCCUCAAAGCAAACGCAAAGUGCGUUUGAACUCUCCCAAGGGAGCUGCAGGCCUCGAGAGAACAGAGGCGGAUCGCCGUGUUUCGUAGCUCGCUACAUCGAACGCGAAUAGCAGGGGCGCAGAGGGGAUCAUCUACCAAGGCCAGAGCUGAUAUGCUUGUUCCAGAGAACUUCCCUUUGUGGAGGCCUCUUCUUGAGGACUGUACAUCGCAUCUGUGCAGGAAACAUGCUCUUCUCUGCGAUACGCUGGUUAGGGUGACGGCAAGCAGGGGAAAGGCGAACGUCUAAGGUUCUUCUGCUCCCCAAAUCGGAACUCCACGCUCCUCCUACGCCACUCUUCUUCUUUCUUCUCUUCUUCUGCUCUCCCGCUCUAGUCCCUGAGAACUGGAACCUUUCGCGCCGUCUCGCAGCUCGCACUCGCCGCAUCUCCUUUCCUCGACACACAUGUACCGGCGUCCGUCUUGCCGCCACGCAGACGCGAUGACUUCUUCCUCUUCUGCGGCUCCCCUGGAUCUUCCUGGGAUGUUCUGGGACCCUGAGCGACGUCGCUACUUCCCUCUUGCCUCCCGUCUCCCGCCUCCGACGUCUGCAGCAAAUCCGGAGGCUUCCAAUGCGUUUCGUGCACUUCGGCUUAUCUGCGAGAAAGAAGCCGCCAAGGCACCACGAGAGAGGCCUCAUGUGUCGGCGAACUCGAGAGACCGAACGCAAGGCCCGCGUCUCCGCCGUGGCUGCUCUGCUGAGUCUCGAUCCGCGAGGGGAGAUCUGGAUGUCGCUUCCCUCUCUGUUGUUCCUUCUUCCUCGUCUUCUUUUGCUGCGUCUUCUUCUGCUUCUUCUUGUGGUCCAACGGCUGCCGCUGUUGCUCUUUCACAUCCCUGCGGUGCCUCUGGAAGGUUGGAGACGAAGAAGAGAGAGCGGAGCCAGAAGAGCGCCGAGGGAGCUGCGACCCAGGGGACCGCGCGGCGUGCAAAGUGCACUGAAGUGUCUCCUUUCCGGGAGACAGCAGGUGCUGUCUCUGCACUGGAUGGCAGGGCGCCAGGGGGCAUGUGGGGUGGAGGAGGCGGCAGAGGAAGGCGAACGAGGCGCGGCCUUCGACGCGGAAGGAACCGAGACGGAGGAACAGUCGGAGACGAUGACCGUCGAGCGAGGAAGGCCGGUAGAGAGGCAGAGGCAGAGAGACGUAGAACCUUGAACAGCUCUCAUGCGUCAUUACACAGGCCUCGAGAGUCGCCGCCUUUUCUGCAAGCGAAUGAAGAGCCAUGCCUCAAGUUACCAUCAACACAUGCGGUGCUUUCCUCGACAUCGGAUUCCUGUCCCUCUUCUUCGGAUUCUUCUCCUCGUUCGUCUUCUGCCUCUCCUCCUCCGUCUUGCCUGUCUCGUGCUUCAUUUGCCCCCGUUUUUUCUCGAACUUGUGGCGAGCAGCUUCAGCUGUCGGCUUCUUCUGCACCUUGUCGUCUCGUUGUUGGGAGGCAGGAGGUUUCUUCGCCUUUGCGGUUUUUUCGCCUGGCUGAGAGCCCGUUGUUGAGUUCGCCUCUUCGUCCCUCUCCUCAGCUUCUCCGUGAGAGCUCGGUAUCUUGUUCAGAGAAAAUCCUCUCUUCCUCAUCUCCAUCUGCAGGGAUCGUGGGUCAUCCUUCUGCUUCACACUCUGUUUCGAGGAAGAGGAGCUGCUCUCUGCCUCUUCCCUGCUCGUUCGUUCCUCUCGGUCUCUCCGGCGGAACCGAAUCGUCUGAGAGUAGUCUCUCGCCCUGCCGUCUUCUGAGCCAGAGAAAGCCCAGCAACUGCUUUCUGCUGUUUCGUCUUCUCCGACGAGAAGGCGCUUUCUCCCGCAGAAGCCCGACAGGGAGGUCGACCUCCCGCGCGAGCGACAAGCGGCGCGAACAGCCAACGUCGAGCGCGAGAGAGAAAAGCGGAUUCUUCCCAAGGCAAAGGGAGGGAGACAGAGAAGCGAGGCGGAGGGGAAUAGGGUUCAGGACAAGAAGUUUACGUUCAACCAUCGACACAGUUGGUGACACUGAAGAAGGCCUCGAAACAGCGACGAACGCCACGACUCUGGAGAGACUCCGGCUCAACCGCUUGAAGCACGUUUUGAUUGUACAUCCUCACCGGCACUCGCAUUCAAAAACGUUCCUCGUUUCGAGUCUUUCUUCUUCUGCUUCUCCUUCUUUUUCUCCUUUUUCCUUUCCUCCCCUUCCUCAAGAUCUCUUGGUGUGUUUUCGCCGCGGCGCCCCUCUGAGAGAGGGGCUACGGUUCCUCUGGACCUCGGACUUGAGGACUUGGAGAGACGAGGCGCGAGCCUUCCAGCGCAUGCAGUUCCGUUUCUUUGCGGCUGAGAACGAACAGACGGUGGGGCCUCUCCGAGGGGAACACAGAGACCGAGAAGAACAAGGGAGACGAGGUCAGGCCGAGGGAAGAAGAGGAGACGGGGGACAGGCCUGUGUGUCUCUGGAGGGGUCGAAAGAGAGAAGGACAUAUGAGAAUAGGAACGUGGCAGUGGAGCAGGUUCACCGACUCUUGGAUGUGCAGGAAUCGAUGUGGAGACAAGUUGUAUCAGAGCUUUCGCCAGAGGUGGAGACAGAGGACAACCUCGGAGCGAUCUCCUCCGUAGAACUCUUCUCCUCGCUCUGUCUUGUUUCUCACUUUGGAACAAAGACUCGUAAAGGGAAGCUCACUGUCUUCCAACUUCCUCAACAAAGAACCCCCACACCGUCCACCACACAACCCGUGUCGCCAGUGUCCCCCUCUUCUGCCUUUUCUUCUCCUUCUUUGUCGCCUCCUUUUUCUUCAUCUCUUUCGUCAUCUUCCUCCUCUUCUUCCUCCUCCUCUUCCUCUUCUUUCUCUCGUUCUGUUGCCGUGUCUUCUUCUGCUUUCGCGUCUUCGCGAAACCUUUCGAGAGAAGCAGGCUUCGUAGCCCAGGCGUUGGAUGCUUCAGACGAUGUGCUGUGUUCGGCGACGCGUCUAGGGCCUGGAAGCUCUGUGGAAGUUCUCGUCGGAGGAUCUUCGCCUGCAGUUCAGCUUUUUCGCCUGGAAGAGGGAGGCGGUCGCUUGCGUUCUCUCUGGCGCUGGAGACCGAGGACGCCCUUUUCCUCGUGCGGUGGAUCAAGAAAGAGCUUCUCGCGACCCUCAGCAAGUUGCUGCUUCUCUUUGGCUUGGAUGCCCGCUAGCCUCUCUCCACCCUCCGCUCCUGCAGAACCUCUUUUCUCUUCUCUCUAUGCUGCUCCUCUUGUCUUUUCGCUCUCUCCUGGCUCUCAUGCUUCUGCUGCGAAUACAGCUCUAGUGGGUCUGAGGAAUGGAGGCGUCUAUAUGGUUGAUGUUCGAGCCCCCGAGACGCAGCCGGGACUGUGUCUGUUGUCUCCUUCGCUUCCGAAGAGAGCGGCCUUCUCCUUGUCGGAUCCGUUUGAGGAGCCAGGAGACAGCGACGCAGGGUGGGCAGACCGCACGAGAGGGAAGAAGUUUCUGCAUGCUGGAGAGGGAGAAGCAGGAGGCUGCGUCACAUGCAUUCGCCCGUUCCUCUCUCAAGGCGCGUGGGGUUCUGGAACUGCGGCGGUCGCUGCGCGAGGCAAAGACGACCUCGUUUUGCUAGAUGCAAGAAAGGCGAGGUGUGCAGGGCAGACAGAAGACGCGCGAGGAGAAGGCGCUCUCGAUUCCAGGGUGGGGGACGCGGGCUAUUCGCGAAAUGCAGGUCUGGUCACGAGAUACCUUCCAUUUGAACGUUUCGGGCCAUGUCACGAAGAUUCACGGUUUCCGUCGCUCGCAGCGUGUACGGCAGUCGCUUCCACGGCUCCAGAUCGGCCGCGGACGUUUGUCUUUGACAGGCAGGAGCGCCUCAUUUUCUCGUCGUCGCCUUCUCGUGGUCUUCUUCUGUUCCACUGGGCCGAAGCUUCGUGUCGCCUCGCAGCUCGAGUGGUCAGUGUGUACGCAGAUCUCCUGCGUCGCCUGUUGACUGUCCCUGUCGAUUCGAAAGAGGGAGGCGACGUUGAAACAGACGCAGACUUCAAAACCAGAGACCCGCUCCGUCUCUCGGAAGGGGAGCGCGCGCGACUGGAACAGCUUGAGAGUGAGGUGCCAUUUGAACUUUUUGGAACGUGUGCCGCAGCGCCACGUCUUCCCGAGGAUUUGUUUCCUUUCUCUUUCAAGGGGAACAGAGGAAGCGAAACUCUCACGGCAUGCACGGCCGACCACGACGCCUGGCGAACUGAGCGUCGACUGGGUUUUUCUCGCCACGGUCCCACCUUUCAAGCUCUAGCCUGUUCCUCUGCCUCGCGAACUUCUGCCCUUUCGUGGUCGACUGGCGGCUCUUCUUCGUGUCCUUGCUCCUCUCAGACCCGUUCUGGAAGCCCCAUGCUUGCGCCGUCGAGAAGCGAGCUUCUGGGUCAGGGCAUAGGGCGGGGCUGCAUAAACAGACAGACGCAUGCACUUUCAAGGGAGACAGUCUUCGGCGAUCGAGAGCUGACACUUUCGGACAUCGCGCUGCUGCCAGAGGGCUUUUUUCCUGCAGGGAGAACUGCUGAAAGACACCGAGGAGAAGAAGUCGAGUAUUCAGAUAUCGUUGUGAGGUGGCCAGGGCCGGGGUGCUCUUCCUUUUCUUCUCCGGUGUCUCCGUUUUCUUUGUCUUUGUCGAAUUCUUUUAGAGCAUUUGACUCGCAUGCUUCCAGUCUACAAAGGAUGGGAGAUCCAUGGGGUAUAGGGGCCCUUUCUGAGGGCCUGCUUCUCCAUGGAGAAAACACGGGGAGUCGCCUGGGUGAUGAUGGAGACAGCCAGCUGCCCGCGCGAGCAGGGGGUGACGCGUUCCUCGCGCUUAGUAGUUGGGGGUUUCACCUCCUUAGCAACAUCGACAGGAAUAUGCAAAGUGAUUUUUAGUGCACAACGUACAUAUCUACGUGACUAGCGUUGUAAAGAGCACUUGCCAAUGUUGCCGGGUUGGACCCUGCGGUCUUCUGUGUGGAUCGCGUUUUUGGCAGUGUUCAUGAGCUGUUUGAAACAUAAGCACGAGAGUGGUGCUGAGAGCUGACAGAGCACUUCUCAAAGCCAUAGGUUGAACGGAACAUGUGGCGAACAUGAAGGGAGUGCUCUCUACUGUCAAAUAAUGACCAUCAGAUCCCGUUGUGAUUCGGUUUUCGACAUUCCUCGCGACGUAACGUACUUCGGUUUACAGAACCCCGGUGCCGAGACACUUGGUUGAUUCCGGUGUCAGAGCUGCUGAAGCCUUCCCGCUUGACCAGCUGGCAGCAGCCUCUCCACAAAACUCAUAGCGUUUGGCUCUAAUACAAU